UGUGUCUACGGCUGCAGGCCGGCUGCUGGAUGUCAGAGCUCGUGUUGUUGCAGCGUCAUUCUGUUUGAAUGAAGUUUAGCUUGAAGCUAACGAAGGAAGCUAACUCUGAAAACUGGACGAAACACGGAGCUGAGAAGCCAAACGGUCUCCAAACAUGCCGGUGUUUACAGUCAAUGUGAAAUGGGGCAAAGAGAAGUUUGAUGCAGUGGAGCUGAACACCGAGGAGCCCCCCAUGGUGUUCAAGGCUCAGCUGUUCGCCCUGACAGGAGUCCAGCCGGACAGACAGAAGGUCAUGGUGAAGGGAGGCACUCUCAAGGACGACGAGUGGGGGAACAUCAAACUGAAGAACGGAAUGACCCUGCUGAUGAUGGGCUCGGCCGAGGCGCUGCCCGAGGAGCCCGCCGUGCGGCCCAUGUUUGUGGAGGACAUGACGGAGGAGCAGCUGGCCUCGGCGAUGGAGCUGCCGUGCGGUUUGACGAACUUGGGGAACACGUGCUACAUGAAUGCCACCGUGCAGUGUCUACGCUCCGUACCUGAGCUGAAGACGGCUCUCAAGAGGUAUUCGGGUGCUCUGCGCUCCUCAGGAGCCAACGCUCCGUCCCAGUACAUCACAGCAGCUCUGAGGGAUUUAUACGAGACGAUGGACAAGACGUCGUCCAGCCUGCCUCCCAUCAUCCUGCUGCAGUUCCUCCACAUGGCCUUCCCACAGUUCGCCGAGAAAGGGGAGCAGGGCCAGUACCUGCAGCAGGAUGCCAACGAGUGCUGGCUGCAGAUGAUGAGAGUUCUGCAGCAGAAGCUGGAGCCUUUAGAGCCGGAGGCGGCCAUGGAGACCGGCUCAGAGACCGGUGCCGCCGCCUCCAAGAAGAACUUCAUCGAUCAGUAUUUCGGCGUAGAAUUUGAGACUUCCAUGAAAUGCUCGGAGUCUGAGGAAGAGGAGCCAAUCAAAGGCAAGGAGAGCCAGCUGCAGCUCAGCUGCUUCAUCAGCCAGGAGGUGAAAUACCUGGCGACAGGCCUGAGGCUGAGACUGCAGGAAGAAAUCACAAAGAUGUCUCCGACGCUGGAGAGGAACGCUCUCUACAUCAAAUCUUCGAAGCUGAGCCGGCUCCCCGCCUACCUGACCGUUCAGAUGGUGCGCUUCUUCUACAAGGAGAAGGAGUCUGUCAACGCCAAAGUCCUCAAGGAUGUGAAGUUCCCGCUCAUGCUGGACGUGUACGAGCUGUGCACGGCCGAGCUGCAGGAGAAGAUGCUCCCCGUCAGGUCCAAGUUCAAAGAGAUGGAGGACAAGAAGCUGGAGAAGCAGCAGCAGAAGUUGGUGAAGAAGCCAGACGCAGCAAAAGAAGUGAACUACGAGCCUUUCUCAUUCCCAGAUGAUCUGGGCUCCAACAACAGCGGCUACUACGAGCUGCAGGCGGUGCUCACACACCAGGGCCGCUCCAGCUCGUCCGGACACUACGUGGGAUGGGUGAAGAGGAAAGAAGACGAGUGGGUGAAGUUCGACGACGACAAGGUGAGCCUGGUGUCCCCGGAGGACAUCCUGCGGCUGUCCGGAGGAGGAGACUGGCACAUAGCGUACGUCCUGCUGUACGGCCCCCGGCGGCUGGAGAUCCUCCAAGAGGACCAGUAACUCCGGGCGGGGGGAGGGGCGGGGCGACAACAUCCGACACACAUGUACAAACGGCCAUUUCCAAGCACUGUCUGCAAACACGUGCAAUAUAACCCAUGUCUUUAAGAUUUGUUAAUUUUUUUUUUUUCUUUUUGUAAACGGUGUUAAGUCCUGGGGGGGUGUGGGGGGGUCGUCUCUGGACCGGACCCUCGGGAGAGAGCUUUCUACACAUUGUAUAUUUUUCAGAUCCUUUUGAGGUGCUCAUAUCAUCACCAUUAAGCCGCCGUUUCUCCCGAACCGUGUAAUGAGUUGCAGAGGGGAGG